GCGAGCCAAGAAGCGAAGACGACAGCAAUCGGUGACAUUGAAAGCGACCCAUCAGUCAUUCGAGAACGGUUAAACUCAACCAAGUGUAGCGCCGACCCUUAUGGGUAAAGACGUGGUAGCCUACGGCGAAGGGCUCUUCCAGUACAUGCUAACCUUCAGCACCUUCGCCGCCAUGGUGGUAUUCCUGACGCACGCCUUCAGCUACCGGCUUACGGCACGAACCAUGAGCCAUUGGUGCCGGCCACCAGACCACCUUUCUAAUCUGAGCGACGCCACCUGGAAGGAGCUCGCCAUCCCCACCGACGAUAAGGGCGUUCGCAGCAGCUGCACGAUGCUCGACCCUCCCGACACCGGCGACCCGUCGGCCGUCCUCGUGCCGUGCUCAUCGUGGAACUUUGACCUGGAGGAGUACGGCGACACCAUCGUGAGCCAGUGGAGCCUCGUCUGCGACAGAUCUUGGCUGGUCUUGCUCGCUGUAGCGCUUUACGCAGCCUCGCCCAUUGUCUGGCUACCGAUGGUCGGCAUCGCCGCCGACACGUUCGGCCGCAAGCGCGUCACCUACAUCUCGGUGCUCGUACUCGUAGUGGCCGCAACCGUUAGCAGCAUCACCAGGUCGUUCGCGCUCUUCGUCGUGUUGCGCGUCCUGGUCUCGGUGACGUCGACAUCUGUGCUUGUCCUCGUUUGCACAAUCCUCUACGAGGUGUCGUCUCCGGGACGACGGCUCGUCUACUGGCUCACCAGCUCGGCCCUGGCCUAUAUUAGCCUCCCGCUCCUCUUCUUCACGGCCAAUUCACUCAAGCUCAGCUGGCACAGCGUAUACGGGUUCCUCGGUGGACUUACCUGCGUGCUCUUGGUCUUCUUCUACACAGUGGAUGAAUCACCUCGCUGGCUUCUCGUGAAGUGGAAGAUCCACGAGGCAGAGCGCGUCGCUCUCAGGGCUGCUCGACUCAAUGACGUCCCGAUGCAAGAGUGCCUUGGUAUACUCGACACGGGAGGAGCCGAAUUACCCAAAGUCGAACCCGGACUAAAGGGCAAGAUUUUCACCAUUUGUGAGCCCAACUUGAGGACCCGCACUGGCCUGCUGUCCUUUGUUUGGUUCGUCUUCACCUGCGCCUACAACGUGGUAAACCUAACUCGCAUAAUUGCACCGAACAUUUUAGUGUCCGUGAUCAAUGUUCUCUUAGUUGGCCCAUCACAGUUACUGUUGUACCCGUCCGUGCGCAUGCUCGGCGUCAAGCGCACGGCUGUCGUAAUCAGCGUCGCUUUCACUUUAUUGGCGCUAGUAAUCGCCUUGUUUUACAGGGAGCAGCAGACUCUUCCGUUAACGAUUCUGCUGUUGAUCAUGCGAGUCUUGAUUGAGAUGCUCGCCCUACUGAUAUCGAUAAUGUCGGUGGCGACCUUUCCGACCUCAACUCGGUGCUGGGGAGCAUGCGUGCUCUUUGCCGUGGGCCGCCUGGGAUCCUUUACAGGCCUCGUGUAUACUAAUUACCAAGGAGACCACAGAAAGGACAUCGUACUGUGCGUUAUAGCUGCCUUCAUGGUAUUCGUGUGCGGUGCGAUCGAGUGCAUGCCAGAAGACGCUGAUGAUCGUUCUUGGCAGAUGUCCUCCGCCGGCAAUCGAAGUGGCGCGUCUUCGCGUUGCUACGAGUACUCGACGGAAAACCCGACACGAUGUCACGGAGCUUCCGUGUCGGUGGCGAGGAAGCCAGGACCUGUCACCGUGUCGGUGACGAGAGACCAGGACCUGUCACCACCCAAGACACGUGGCAAAAGUCCCAGCGACACUGUGGAAGCGCAUCGAAGCGACCCAAAGUUUGUUCGUGCUCGAAGUGCAUCAGGCCUCCGAGAGAGCCUACGGAGAGCAAGGUCACUGCGCAGGGCCUCACCAGGCCCUGCGCAGGGAUCUUGCAAAGAUCCUCAACCAUAGCAUCGGCAGGGCCAGUCUAUAAGAGCACAGAUGAGUGUUUAGGCACGUAUCGUCGUGUCAGAGAAGCUGCAAUAACUUCAGUCCCCGGAAAUAUACUGGCACAUUAACCACAACUUACACCGGCCUAUCUGAGCUUGCUAUAUUUUUUUCAUUUGAGAUAAAUACUUCAACGCCACGAUCGUGUUUCACUAUAAUCUGUAACUACUUC